GGUGUUAAAAGUUACAAAAAAGGAGAAAUUCAGAACUGUUGUGGUUGUGUUUUGAUGUUGGAGAUUAUUUACUUUCAUAGGUUGAAAUUUAGGAAUGUUGAAUUAAGUACUUCUUUAAUUCAACAUUGGGAUGAUGAGUUGAUUAGGGAUAGAAUUAAGAAGGAAAAAUUGUCCAAAAGUUUUGGGUGUGGGAUUUUACUGUCUGAUGUGUAUCCUGUUAGUGGUAAAAUGAAGUUUCUGGAUGGACAUGUUGUGGGUAUUGCAGGGGGAAGUAUGGGGAAUGCUGGGGGGAGUGAUAAUGUUGUGAGGAAUGUCGGGAGGAGUGGUGAUGUGCCUGAUUCCCAGGGUACAAUACAGUUCAUUCUCCCAGCAGGUUCGAUGUCAGAUCAAGAGAUCCAUUCGGCUGCUAUUGAUCCCGUUCAUGAGCAAUUUUUGUUCAUGAAAAGAGAUAUGCAUGUGAUCUCUUCUUUUUACAAUGAUAAGAUAAAAGAGAUUCUUCUUUCACGUGGUGAGGCCAACAACUCUUUUGGCUCUUCUGGUAUUACUUUGUCCCAGGAUGAUUCGUUUUUUUAUGGAUCCUCGAGUUCAAUCUGUGAUUGACGAGAUCUCUGAACUUGCUAUUUGGGUGACAAAAUUACCUGAGGUGUUGGGUCAAAUUUCUACAUUUGACCACAACAAAACAAAUGGAGGGAGGGAGGCAAUUAGAGGCACUAUCCCUGUGAUUGGCUUUGAAAAUAUUCUUGCAAAUGGAGGGUCCAGGUGUUCGUUUUCUUUGGAUUGGAAAUCUGAUGAAAAGCUUAUAUUCAUUUCACACUUUUUGAAGUCAAAUAACAAGGAAAUGAAACUAUUGGAUCCAUUAGUCCUAGAGAUUGUUGACUAUUGCAUUAUCAAUGAUUCUUGUUUGGCUCCUAAUGAACUGUUGGUAUUUUUUCACCAAAAGCAUUUGAUUC